GAGCCCCGGCCUCGUACAGCCAAAUAAGAGCGAGACGCAGGAGAAGGGUGAAGCGCGCAUACUACACGCGAACCUGCAGGAAACACUGCGGGUCUGAUUUAUCCGCAUCCCCGGGACAAACAGAACACGAGAACUGCGUCCAAUCAGAAGUCAAGAUAGGAGACCAGAAAAUCCGUUGAACACACCACUGUUUCGCGUCGCCGUUCAUAGUGCAACAACACGGCCUUUAAAAGUAGCCUACCCAACGAGCCGCUGGGCCGACCUUCAGGCGAGGGAGGGGCCAGACAGAAGAAUGCGCCUGAUCUCAGCGAAAAUCAAACAGACGCGUAGAACGCGGUGGAAGUAGAUAGUAGAUGACUCGAACCAACGCAUAACAACAGCCUACACGUUGUAACUUACUCAGCGAUCAAUAUUCUGCUGCUGGAUUAAUUAAAAUAGUCUUUCAGCGCGAUCUAGCCUGCGGAGGACACGGGAACUCCGUUUUUUCUGUGUUGUUGUGCCGUGAAUCUAGUGGAAGAGAAAGGCGAGCGUUUCUUCGCGGUCCGCUUGUUCAUAGAUCGGUCAGUUAUUAGUUUUUAGAAGGUAUAAAGUCACACAGUAAGGCGGUGGGAAAAUGACUUGUACUGUACGCAGUUUCUUUGCCACCCUGGUUGUGCUGCUUUUCUGGCGCGCUGAAGAGGUUGCAGAAGCGUGCAGCUGUUCUCCUGUUCAUCCUCAACAGGCAUUUUGCAAUGCAGACAUAGUCAUCAGGGCGAAGGUGGUCGGGGGGAAAGAGGUGGAUUCUGGGAAUGAUGUCUACGGUAACCCCAUAAAGAGGAUCCAGUAUGACAUCAAGCAGAUCAAGAUGUUUAAAGGGCCAAACAGGGACAUUGAGGAGGUCUUCACUGCUCCUUCCUCAGCUGUGUGUGGAGUAACCCUGGACUCCAGCGGAAAAAAGGAGUACCUGAUUGCAGGGAAGGCGGAGUCGAACGGGAAGAUGCACGUGACCCUGUGUGACUUCAUCGUUCCCUGGGAGACCAUGAGCCACACCCAGAAGAAGAGCCUGAGCCAGCGCUACGACAUGGGCUGCGGCUGCCGGAUUACACGCUGUCCCUCCAUCCCUUGCUCCAUCAGCAGUCCGGAGGAGUGCCUGUGGACUGAUUGGGUGAUGGAGAAGAAAAUCAGUGGUCGCCAGGCCAACCAUUACGCCUGCAUCAAGAGGAACGAUGGGUCCUGUGCCUGGUACCGCGGCCUGGCCGCCCCCAAAAACGAGUUCAUGGACAUCGAGGACCCCUAACCACCCCACUGUCGCCUCACUGCCCAAUUAAAAAAAAAAAAACAAGAGACCGAAACAAAGCCAAAAUGUUACUUUUUUAAGAAAUGAAGAAACUAGUAAAUACAUGAACAGGUAACCAAAAAAUAAGAUAAAGAAGAAAAGAUUUCAAGUAAAUUAUAAUUUAGUGAAACGAUCAUGAGAACAAGAGAGACAGGUUUAGACUGGACAAGUGAUGUCACUUCCCCAAGUAGGCUGGCUACAGGAAGUAGUAUUUUGGACGAUCCUGGAAAGAAGGCACUUUCUGCCCCAAAAAGCGCUUAACACCCCCCCCCCCCCCUUCCCCC